AUGACCUUCCCAGGUUCAGAAAUUGUUGACAUGGCCGAUAUUGUACCCUCUUUGAACCACUCUAGCAAUGGUUCCAACGAAGAAUUUUCCAAUAAUGCUAACAAUUCCGGGUUAUCAUUACCAAUUCCAACUGAACUAUCAACUGCUUCAUUGCCUCAGGAUGGAUUCACUCAAUUGAAUACACCACUUUCCUCUUCCUCUGUGUCAAUGAACUCUGUUAAAUCAAAUGCUACACCAGGUGGUACCUAUAAUAAUUUUAAUAACCCUAGUAAUAAUAAUACUAAUGGUAAUGGCUUAAAGAAUGGUAAAAAAGAUAUAGUAACACCAAAGAAAGAAAAUCCAUUUUUAGAUAUUUCUAAGUUGAUUCCUGUAACUGGUGAAAGACCCAAACCAGAAGAAGACAAGACUCCAAUAGACGAUGAUGUACUAUAUGCAGUUUUUGUCAUCUUAUGGGAAAUGGAUCCAAAUCAACAAGGUAUGACAGUGAAACAACUUUGUGAUCAUCUUUUGACUAAACAUCCAAAUAUGUCCACUCUUUCAACAAAAUUAUCAAAUUUGAUUUCUGCCAAAUUGAAUGCUUAUGUAAAGAAGAUAGAAAAAGGAGAAAAGACUUUGACUUAUGCUUUAUCAAGAGAAUGGUCAAGUUCUUCUCCAAGAAGAAUGUUAUAUAUUUAUAGAGGUAUCUUGGCUCCUGACUAUAAAGAACAAGCUCAAGCGGUAACAUUACAAUUAAAGCAAAAAUUGGCUCAAGAGAGUUCAAAUUCUUUCAAUGAAGAUUUUGGUUCCCAUGUAACGAAUGCGAAAUCCAUCAAUAAUUCUUCCAAGAAGAAAUCACCACAAACUAACGGCAAUGAUAACAACAAUGUGACGAAUAAAAAUGGUAAUAAUAAAUUGGCUUUUCCAGUGGGUCCCUCUCCAAAUGGGAGCUUUAAUUCAGCAACUAAAAAUCUGGUCAUGGCUUCUCCACUCGUUAAUAGCAAUACUUCCUUACAUGAUUCUACUACGCCAUUACAAGAUCCUUUAAAUGGCGCUAAUGGGUUAGGUGUGUCUAACGUAGCAUUUUCUGUCGGUCCUGAAUUCAAUAUUCCAUAUUCUGCAUCUCCUGUAUCAUUAAAUUUCUCACCAGUACAUCAAAAUCAAGUUGAAAAUACAAUAACUAAUAUGCCAGCGCCAUCUUUAACUACAACUACCAUGGCAGCACAACUAAACAAUACAAAUAACAAUAAUGCUAGUAAUACUUUGGCGAAAAAGAGGCUACUUGAUAGUAAUAAUAAUAACAAUACAAAAUCAAAUAAGAAAACCAAAACCUCGAAAUCGAAGCAGUCAUCUGCGUCAAUCUCAGCAUCCCCAUCAUCUUCAUCGUUAUCUAGUAUUGCAUCAAAUACACCCAUGAAUACAAUGGAUAAUAGCAAUAACAAUUUUUACAUCACAGCUGUCGCUGCGACACCAAGGAUAUCAAAGCUACUAAGAGGUAAUACUUUCAAAUCUAAUUCAGCUACCUCAACAAAAGCACUCUCUGCUAUCCAUGAUAUAAUAUUUACACAAAUGCCAGUAGAGGGUUCAACGGAUGAACAGUCAGUAUUAAAUAAAAACACAAACGUAAUAACAACAACAAGGGAAGGUGCCCACAACAUAGCUGCUGAUGGUGCCUGUACGCCGUCAUCGUCAAACGCUUCUUCUACAACAUCAUCUCCACAAUCAUCAUGGAUGAAAAUCAUCAAAGAUGGAUUCCUUACACAAGAUAUUGAAUCACCUGAAAAUUUGACCAUAGAUGAUCUAGACAAUAUAUUCGAUUAA